CCUGUAUCGCGGUUUAAAUCAAAAGCUGUAAUGAUUCCUGUUCGCGCCGAAAAAUUUGACAGUUUUGCCGUUUUUCCGUUAUUGUUUGAACAAAUGGGGCACUAAAUACAUCCAUAAUUGCGUAUGUCCUUCCUAACUUCUUUAAGAACAAUUAAUGGUACGGAAUAUUGCUUAAAAAUAAUUUAUUUCAAAUCGAUCAUGCGUUAAUAAUCAAUUUUAUUUAUAUUGCAGGCCUACCUAAUCUUGUUAUCCGGCAACUAUGCUUUACCCUACCUUUUACAUGUGACUGACUGCUGUGCUGGAGAUAAUUUCUCUGCAUACUUUUUACAAGACCAGGAUAAAAACAUCUUCCUUAACAUUGCUUUUAAUGAUUUUUCAUAUUGGAUAAUUCUUUAUGUCACAUCACUCAUCAUAGUGUGAUUAUAAGCCCUCUUACUUUGGUAAAAAAAAGAAGAUCAACAUUUUUUCCAGAUGUUUUGUGUCGUCGAAUUUCUCGAUGAAGGUAAAGGGAGUGCAGUUGAAAUCGUGCCAAAGUCUUGGUGUGUUGGACACAAACAUUGUUGGUGGCCUCCAUCACUGCAUACCGCAGAUGACUUGACAAAGCUUGUCAUGAAAUCAGGACCGAUAGAUGAAUCCACAUGGACCAUACACAGUGCAGCAGUCCUUGCUUCAUACAAUAAUUAUGGAGAAGCUAAUGUAAAUGUUGCAAAAGCUAUGAAAGGCUUGCCAAUUCAUAGCAGUACUGACAUCGAAGAUCUGGGGAAACAUAAACGGAAGCAGAAAGCUACAAUGAAGGCAGCCUCAGCCUCCUCGUCUUUCUUGUCUCGUAAAUCAGUGAUUCCAUCGCCAGCAAACGAUCCGUUUUCUAGUGAUGUGGGCGAUAGUGACGUGCAGCCACAAUCAUCAGAUGAAGACAUGGAUAUUCAGUCUACACCCAUUAGUCAACGCCAAAGCGAAGCACACGAUUCUCAUAUUGUACCUCACAAUGUCGGUACUCUUAGAGGAAGGAAGAAUUGUGGGCUUCCGCUAGUUCCUACCGCACUAGGGUUAACAAAUAGGAUUUGUACAAAAGACAAAGCCCACAAAACGAGCAAUCACCCCCCAUCAUCGCUAAAUUCAGUAUUGCAAAGCCCCAUCCAUGACAUCGGAAGCCAAAACAGCAACACCUUUGAAAAUGAUUACCAGUCGACCUCCACAUCCACCGAGCUGAGUAUUGCGGCUGCUAGGCCAGUUUACGCAGUCCGCACCAGAGUUUCAAAGACAUUUCCCGUUACUGAAUGUACGCGGUUAGCAGACAGAGCGGACUUAAGGUCAACUAACCAUACCACUACCCCAGCUUCGUCUCUAUCAGAGGUACAAGGUUUAUCGGCAUUGAUGAGGAAAAUGGAUUUGAUAAUAAGAAACCAGGAAAUCAUCAAAGCUACGCAGCGGGAACAUGGGCAACUGCUCGAUAUUGUACUUAAAAAUUCGUCACCUCCCGAGCCUGAAAUAAAAGACGCGCUGCGCCAGUUCGGGUUCAAAUUAAAAACAUUCUCUGACAUGACAAAGCUAGAAAGCAUUUUAGAAAAUGAUGUGGAACGUAGGACACUUAUAUUGUAUUUCAGCGGAAUUGGAGGUAGCCAAUCGAAUGUCGUUGGCAGAAUCCUCAGUCGUGCGAUGACAAACGAGCUGGCUAGCUAAUACUGCUACAAAGGACAAAACGAAGAAAAGCGUGCAUUCCAAAAUUUGGCCCUAUGUUCCGCUGUUAUCGAAUCCGUUCGCUGCCAAAAAAAAUUAUCCCUAACGGAAGACGCAAUUGAAUCUAAAAUUAAAAACUGGUUGCGACAUGCGCGGGCUAGAAAAGAUGGCAGCAGCAAUGAAGAUGAAUAAUUUUAUUACAUGUUUUUUUGUGAUAAAAAAUGUGUCAUACACAAGACAAUAAUAUACGAAA